AUGACCACCAUAGGCUAUGGUGAUGUGGUCCCGCAGACGUGGCUUGGCCGAAUUGUCGCUUCGUGCUUCUCAAUCUUCGCUAUUAGCUUCUUUGCUUUACCAGCAGGUAUUCUUGGAUCGGGAUUUGCCCUAAAAGUGCAGCAGAAACAACGUCAAAAGCAUUUUAAUCGACAAAUCCCCGCUGCUGCCACACUCAUACAAUGCCUGUGGAGAUGUCAUGCAGCCGACAAGAACAUCGCUGCUACCUGGCGAGUGCAUGUCGAUCCGUUGGCAGGUGAAACGAGUGAGCAGCAUCGCAAGCAGAACGGCACUGCCAACGAUGAUAAUGUCAGCUAUAAAAGGAGACUCUUUAAAAAGCAGUACUCA